UCAUGUUUAAACCCUAAAAUUUCGUUGGCCUCCCCUCAAUGUGGUUCUCUCGAUCAACGUCUUCUUCUGCCUCUCUUCUGCACACCAGUAGCUGUCCCCCAUGAGAGGAAGUGGGAGCCAUGUUGCAGGAAGUUCCAACCGGUCAUCGUCGACGGAGAACUGGAGAAGAAGCACGACGCGAAGCAGGCAGGGACGGGUUCCGGACUGGUGCGGGUGUGGUUGUCGCCCGGUGCUAAGGUGGUCUGGGACGGAGUCGCAUCCUAACAAGCCCUUCUUUGGUUGCCCCAACUAUAAUACAAGUGGGAAAACAUGGUGUGGGUUAUUCGUCUGGGCUGAUUCUGUGCAAGAGGAGUUGUCUGAAGGAGCUGUUGCAGGAGAUGAUGAUGGUGACAGGAAGAUGAACUUUGCAUGGCGGAUGGGCAAGAUGGAGGCAGACAUUAGGAAUCUGAAAUUCAUAACUCAUGUUCUUGGAUUUGGGUUCUUAGUAAUUGUUGUUUUUGUAGGAUUGGUGCUAUUAAAGGGUUGAGAACAUGUCAAUGUAAUG